AUGGGAAGCAACACCACUGCGACGCCCCCCAGCCCCCCCUCGCUCAUCAAUCUGCAGCUGGGCUGGCCGUCCCCUCGACUCUUCGCAGCAAGCGCACUCUUAGACGGCGCAACCCAAGUCCUAACUUCGGAAUCCGAAACCGCCACGGCGCUCAUCUACGGCCCCCACAUCGGUCAUCCUCCUCUCCGGAAGAGCAUCGCAGAAUGGCUGUCUUCCGUCUACGGCACCGAGAUAGACUACGAGAGAAUCUCCAUCAACAACGGCGCGUCUGGCAAUCUGGCGAAUGUGCUGUUGAAGUUUACAGACCCGCUAUACACACGCAAGAUCUUCAUGGUCGAACCGACGUACUUUUUAGCCUGCCCAAUUUUUGAAGACAAUGGCUUCCAGGGCAAGCUCGCAGGUGUGCCUGAGAAUGAUACAGACGGACUAGACAUUCCCUUUCUGCGUCGCGCGCUGGUCACUGCCGAAACUAAGGCCGUUCAGGAUGCUGAGAAACUUGGUAGACCCGACAUCCCCACCAUCAAAGUGGGAAAGGUAUACCCAAAAGUUUACAAAUAUGUCAUUUACAUCGUUCCAACCUUUUCGAACCCCAGCGGAAAGACGCUCUCUCUGCAGAUCCGCAAGGACCUUGUCGCUCUCGCCCGAGAAUACGAUGCCCUUAUCGUAUCAGACGACGUCUACGACUUUCUGAGCUGGCCCGAGGACUCGUCCGCUCCAGAUGAUGCAGUCGGAGCCGUGCCGCCGAGACUCGUUGAUAUAGACCGCGAAAUGCCCGGCUACAGCAUAUGGGGAAACACUAUCAGCAAUGGGUCUUUCUCCAAGGUCAUCGGGCCCGGUGUCAGAGUUGGUUGGGCGGACGGCUCGCCGGCAUUCGCCAAAGAAUUAGCGGAGGUAGGAUCUUCUAGCUCUGGCGGCGCACCUUCCCAUCUCACAUCCACUUUUGUCGAUAAGAUGCUUCGAAGCGGCAGUCUGCAGACACAUAUCAAGAAGACCCUCAUACCCACAUAUCGUGAGAGGUUCUAUGCCCUUAUGACCUCUAUCCGCGAUCUUCUUGUUCCAUUGGGUGUCACCGUGGAAGUCAGUGACCGAGAAAGUACCGCGCAAGCGAUGGCAGGAGGCUUCUUCACAUACCUCCGACUUCCAGAAGACCUUCCGGCGGCACGAACAGUGGCAGCCAUAGCCUUGAAAGAGAAGCUACUCCGCGUCGCAUUCGGACACAUGUUUGUUGUCAGUGGAGACCAAGGGAGCAUUCAGAGAGCGGAGUCGAAGGAUGGCUUUUCCAGAUGCGUCAGACUGUGCUGGGCAUGGCAUGAGGUAGCCGAGAUCAAAGAAGGUAUUGAAAGACUGGCUGCUACUAUCUUGGAUAUCAGAUCUAGGUUGGAAGCCGGUGAGGACAUGAGUGAGCAGGUCUCCAUCGGAAUCAGGUAG